GAUAUGCCUUCACUCCGGAAUCGAUCAUUUUUCACCAGAAAAUCCCACUAUCAGGGACAAGCAGAUUUGCACAAUCGAAAAUCCGGUCUCGGGAAGCAGACCCAGCAGAAUGGAUUAUUGUAUGAAGGCGAAUGGAAGAACGGUCUAAGACACGGUUACGGAAUUGUAUACCGUAAAGAGUUGGAUACAAACCUGUACGUGAAAGUUUACGUAGGUGCUUGGAGGAACGGUCAAAAGCAUGGACUGGGUAUUAAGUAUUACAAGGAUGGUAAGUAUCUGGGACUCUGGGAGAAGGAUCAACGCAGCGGUCAUGGGUUUAUGUGGUUCAACAAUGGCAGCUUCUACAUGGGUGAAUGGAGCAGAGAUCUGUUUAGUGGUUCCGGUGUGUUUCUUGAGACCAAUGGGAACAGAUACUACGGUCAGUUCGAUGGUGGAAGGAAACAUGGCGAAGGGGUGUAUUUGCAUUCCCGAACCGGUCAAAUUCAGAAGGGAUUUUGGAAGAAAGGCGUGUUUAAAAUUGGUACCAUCGAGGAUUGGAAUCGGAAUCAAGUACCUUUUCCCACAUUUUAUCCUAUCCCAGAAAUAAAACUAGCGAAUUUCACUUCGGUGUACCAACGAUGUUUGGAAGAACAGUCACUCAUUUUCAACAACGGUCAGAUCGAUUCUACAAAUCUCUGCGAAUGAAACUACAAAUUAUCGGAACAUGUAUGACCACGUGUGUAAGUG